AUGGCUGCUCCUGUUGUCAACGAUCUAAUCGAAAGCGAUGUACCCAGAGCUGUGCAGCUGUUAAAUAACCUCACGGAGCAGGUGGCAUCAGUAACCAGUCAUGUCCAUGAGCUGUUGACCAAAGUUAAGGAUGGAGUGUUCAAGACUUCAAAGGGUUUGUCCUUCUUGGACCUUCGCUACAACCUCCUGCUCUUCUACCUUCAGGACCUCACUCAUCUGAUCAGCAUCAAGACGGAAGGAGGGAAGAUAAAGGACAGCGCGGCUUUGAGCAGAGUGGUCACAAUCAGAACUGUUCUGGAGAAAAUGCGACCUCUGGACCACAAACUGAAGUACCAGAUUGACAAACUGGUGCGCACAGCUGUUACUGGAAGCUUAGCUGAAAAUGACCCGCUGCAUCUGCGUCCAAAUCCGGAAAAUCUCGUCAGCAAGCUGAGCGAAUCGGACUCUGAAGAUGAAGCAAACAAGGGAGCUUCUGACAAGAAAGCAGCUCACUCUAGUGGCAGGAAAUAUAUACCUCCAAAGAUCGCACCAGUGCAUUACGAUGGCGACAUGACAGAGGCAGACAGGAAGAAGGCUCAGAUGGAGCGGCAGCGACGGGUGGCUCUCCGGAGCUCCGUGAUCCAGGAGCUGAGGCAGCAGUACAGCGACGCUCCGGAGGAGAUCCGGGACAGGCGAGACGUCCAGUCGGAGAGGGAGGGCCGAGAGGAGCUCCACAGGAAGAACUACGAGGAGUCGAUGAUGGUGCGUCUGAACGUGCCGAAGCACGAGAGGAAGGCGAGGAAGAGGAGCACCAUGGCCAUGUCCGGCCAGCUCAGCGGCAUCACGCACUUCAGCGACAUCACAGCUCUGACGGGCGGUGAAGGUGGACAGGAUGGGGAAACCAUUAGAGCAAAGAAAAAGAAGAAAAUCAUGAAAAAGAAAACCAAAAGGAGAGCCUUCAAGAAGCACAGAUGAGCCCAACUUUGCUGUUCAGGGAUUUAAAAGCUUAAUACACCAACUGUUAGACUGUUUUCCAACGUUAAACUUCUAAUAUGUAACUAAUGUUGAAUAAACUCCACAUUGUUUUGAUUG